AGGCAUCUGAACAAGACUCGCCGAGAGAGAGAGAGAGCUAGAGGACAGAAGAAACCACAACCAAGACAGACAGAAGUAAAGACGAGGACGAUGCCUGCACCGCUCGUGCCCGUCAUCAUCUGCGGCCAUGGGUCAAACCUUUAUCCGAUCUGCGAGGGGUCGCUUCCCAUCCGUCCCAUCCGGGUGCCCAAUGGCAGCGGCAUCGCCAGUGGCAGUGGCAGUGGCAGUGGUAGUGGAACGGGCAACGGCGGCGGCGUCGAAGGCUCCGCGGCGUCAGCCGAUGCCUCGCAAAAGAACCGGGCCGCACCGCUGCCAAAGGCCCUUGUACCCCUAGCGAACCGGCCACUGAUUGCGUAUGCGCUCCAGAAUGUGCUCAGCGCCGGCUUCUCGCACGCCAUUGUGCUGGCGCCCAGCGCGCACCACGGCGCCAUCUCGCGCGCCCUCGCCGGCGUCCGCCUCGUGCCGCCGCCUGUCCCGUCGUCGAUGGAGGGAAAAAAGAAAAAGGAAGAGCGGGCGACUGCGGCGUCGGGGAGCAACAUCUACGUCUGGGAAGGGCUCGCAAAGGGCAAGGUGCCGUCGGGCCAGGCGGUGGACAGCGCUGCCAUCAGGGUCGAGCUCUUGCCGUUGGGGCCCUUCGACGGCGCGCUCGCACAGGCAUCGUCGACCGACGAUGCAAAGGAGGAGUCUUCAUCGACAACGAGGAGAAGACCCUUUCCGCGGACAGCCGUGCCCGGCACCGCAGAGCUACUGCGGUGGCUCGACACUAUCGGCAGGCUCGAGGCCGACCCCCUGGUGCUGCCCGUGGACCUGCUGAGCCCGUCACUCCCGCUGCGAACGCUCAUCGAUGCGUAUGUGUCGGCGCAGGCCAGCGCCCAGGGCGUGCCGACGCUCUGCUGUGCCCUCUACGAGCGCAAUGCCGGCGAAGGGACGGGCAAGGAGCGCGAAAAGGACGGGCCACCGCGGCUCCUCGCCGGCUUCGUGCCUGCAGACACAGACACAGCCAAAGCAGCCGCGGGCCAGGCGCUGGUGCUGCUCGAGGACGAGCCCGACGCGACGAUGGAUGUCUCGCUGCGCAACUCGCUCCUGGCGCGCCACCCACACCUGCGCCUCUCGACGGGCCUGCUCGAUGCCCACGCAUACAUCCUCAAUCGCCACCAGGUGCUGCCGCUGCUCGAGGCGCGGCGCGAGCUGACGAGCCUGCGCGAGCACGUCGUCCCGCUGCUUGCCAAGGCUUCGUGGAUGAAGGGCUUUGCUGAAAAGGCCGGCAUCGGCGCCCUGGCCAGCGACGACGACGACGACGACGACGACAACAACAACGCCGAGGCCCAGGCGAGACGCGGCGACGAUGUGGUGGACCUCGAGACGCUGGCGAGGCAGGGCAGCCAGACGCUACGGCACGAGUCGAUCAAGCGGAGCACGACGCUGUCGGCGCCCGCUGCCGAGGGCAAGGUGCGGUGCUAUGCCGUCGUGACGAAGCUCGGCGGCGGCGCGCGUGGGAGCACGGCGCCGGGAGCAGAUCCGUCAGCAGUGGCCGAUGUCGAUCCAGAGACGGGCCUGCCCCGGUUCGUUGCGCGGGCAAACACCAUCCCCACGUUCCUCGAGUGCAACCGAUGGCUCCUCAAGGCCCUUUCCUCUUCUGCGACGACGGCGGCAUCUUCGACCUUUGCCAUUCCCCAGGUACUCGCACCUCCAUCUGCCGAUGACGGUCCGAGCUCGACUGCUGGGUCUGCCGCCGCCUCGUCGUCCGACACGGCGCAGGUCUCGCCGGACUCGCUCGUCGCGCCUCAGGCCCGCCUGUUGGACCGCGCAAGCAUCAAGCGGUCCGUCGUGGGUGCGCGCGUCGAGGUGGGCCGCAACGCGCGCAUCAGCAGCUCCAUCCUCGUCGACGGCUGCUCCGUGGGCGAGGGCGCCAAGCUGGAAAAUGUCAUUGUGUGCAACGGCGCCAGUGUGGGCGCACGGUGCAAUUUGCGCGACUGCGAUGUUGGGGCUGGUGUCGUCGUGCUGCCCGACACGAGUGCCAAGAACGAGAAGUUUGUGCUGGAGGAAGAGGAUGAGGACGAGGAGGACGAUGAAGAGGAGGAAGAGGAGGAAGACGACGACGACGAGGGGGCACAAGAGGAGGACAGCGACUGAUGCAUGCAAGCUGCAAUCACAAUGGGACAAUGUAGAUCAUCAUUCAUACAAUACAGACAUAGAUGGG